AUGUUUGCCCGGUCGUUUGUCUCCGCUGUCAAAGUGAAUAUUCUCCUCUACUUGACGCUCAUGGAACUGUCCAAGAGUGGUCGGACCAAGUGGGACACAAUGAAGAAACAGAUCGGUCCACUGGUAGCAAGCGCUAUCGUCGUUUCCGUUUCCCAAUCUAUCCCGGUCCUCGUCAUCAGCAGUUUGUUGCAAAGUGAUGGUGUAUUUGUGUGUGCAUUUGAUCCAAGUUGGCCGAAAGUGUUUCACAACUUUGUUAUAAUACACAAAGUUGCUUACAACGAUGGUUUUGUGCAAAGUAUCUGUCUUCUCGCACUUGCUGCGCUACUUCGCAAGCGAUUGAAGCAUGAAGAACGUACUGCUCAAUACCUCCGUCGGUCACGCGUAUCACGCGACGUCGUUGGUUUGGUGUUAAAGUCGAUCAAACGUGAAUUGGAAGAAUCAUGUCGAAAUUUACGGAUCGAUCUAACCCUAUUGUACACAACCGUAAUUUGCCGCGCUGCACGCUGCUUUUUACGCAUCUGUGACUACAUGUUCGACAUCGGUAGUACUGUAACGGAUGCAUUUGACGCCCGCACUAGGAAGCUGGCCUUCAUAAGCGCUUGGGCACUCUUCGUUUUCGUAGAGAUCAUUUUACUCGGGAUUAAUUACCUGUGGUGGUAUAUCCAUUUGCCCGAAUUACAAACUUACUUGCGCACCACAUGGCUAGACUUUACCUGUCGGAGCUCGGCCACUGUAAGCAGUUCCAAGGGAGGAACAUUCUCCCUUAGGAAUCUGAGACAGUUUAGACCACUUCCAGAGAUCACCACAGACUGUCGAGUUAUACUUGAACAAAUGGAUUCACUGAAGGAACAUAUUUUAAACUACUAUGCCGCGGAAUUAAACUUGUGUACUUCUGGAGCUGCGCGCCUAACUAGUAAAGAUAAAAUCCCAUUUCAGUGGCUGGAGUCCAUGUUGAAAAAGCGGAAUCUUUUAAACUGUGCGGAAAAUUUGACCCCUUCGGUCGACGCUCGUAAGCUCAAAUUUACUAUGUCAAACGAUCUAAUAGGAUAA